AUGUUAAUUGGACACGCACCACCUGAAGACGGUUCAACCAUUGAAAUACAGGAGAUCACGUCAUCACCUUUAAAUCAAACAGAGAAUAAAGUACCAGUUAUUGAGGCUACUAAAUUACCCACCCCGUUAGACACUCGACUUGAAAGUGAGACACCACCGCCAAACCUUGCACAAAUUGGCAGUGAACAAACACCAUCUGAAGAGGCUACAAGUGAAUCACAAUCUGAAGAGUCCACCAGUGAAUCACCAUCUCAAGAGACAACAAGUGAGUCGCCAUCUAAACAGGGCACAAGUAAACCAACAUCUAAAGAGGCCACAAGUGAAUCACCUUCUCAAAAGACAACAGGUGAAUCACCAUCUGAAGAGGCCACAAGUGAAUCGCCAUCUAAAAAGGCCACUAGUAAAUCACCGUCUAAAGAGACCACAAAUAGGCCACUGUCUAAAAAGCCCAAAACUGAAUCACCACCUGAGGAGGCCACAAGUAAAUCCCCAUCAGAAGUGGCAACAAAUGAGUCGCCAUUUGAGAAGGAAACCAAUGAAUCACAAUCUGAAGAGAAAACCAGUCAAUCACCAUCUGAAAAGCCAACAAGUGAAUCACAAUCUGAAGAUGCCACAAGUGAGUCGCCAUCUGAGGAGGCAACAAGCGACUUACCAUCUGAAGAGGCAACACCAUCUGAGGAGUGACCCAUCUGAAGAGGCAAAAGUCAGUCACCAUCUGAGUCACCAUCUGAGGAGACAAUAAGUGAGUCCCCAUCUAAAGACGCAACAAGUCAGUCACCAUCUGAAGAGGUAACAAGUGAGUCACCAUCUGAAGAGGCAACAAGUGAAUCACAAUCUGAGGAGGCAACAAGUGAGUCACCAUCUGAAGAGGCAACAAGUCAGUCACCAUCUGACAAGGCAACAAGCAAGUUACCAUCUGAAGCGGCAAAAAGUGAGUCACCAUCUGAGGAGACAAUAAGUGAGUCCCCAUCUAAAGACGCAACAAGUCAGUCACCAUCUGAGGAGGCAACAAGUGAGUCACCAUCUAAAGAGGCAACAAGUGAGUCACUAUCUGAGGAGGCAACAAGUGAGUCACCAUCUGAAGAGGCAACAAGUGAAUCACCAUCUGAGGAGGCCACAAGUGGGCCACCAUCUGAAGCGGCAACAAGUGAAUCACCAUCUGAAAAGGCAGCAAGCGAAUCACCAUCUAACAAGGCCACAAGUGAGCCACCAUUUGAAGCGGCAACAAAAGGAAGAGGCAACACCAUCUGUGAGUCACCAUCUGAGGCAACAAGAGACACCAUCUGAGGAGGCAACAAGGAAUCACCAUCUGAAGAGGCAACAAGUGAGUUACAAAGAAGCAAGUCUGAGGAGGCAACAAGUCACCAUCUGACCAUCUGAAGAGGUCACAAGUGAGUCACCAUCUGGCACCAUCUCAGGAGGCAACAAGUAAAUCAAGAGGCAACAAGUGAGUCACCACCUGAAGAGGAAACAAGUGAAUCAUUAUCUCAGGAGGCAACAAGAAGACACAAGUCACCAUCUGACGAACAAGUGAGUCUCCAUCUGACGAGGCAACAAGUGACUCACCAUCUGAAGAGGCAACAAGCGAGUCACCAUCUCAGGGGGCAACAAGUAAAUCACCAUCUGAAGAGGCCACAAGUGAGUCACCAUCUAAAGAGGCAACACAUGAGACACCAUCUGAAGAGGCAACAAGUGAGUCACCAUCUGAAGAGGCAACAAGUGAGUCACCAUCUGACGAGGCAACAAGUGAGUCACCAUCUGAAGAGGCAACAAGUGAGUCACCAUCUGAAGAGGCAACAAGCGAGUUAACAUCUGAGGAGGCUACAAGUGAGUCACCAUCUCAGGAGGCAACAAGUGAAUCACCAUCUGAAGAGGCCACAAAUGAGUCACCAUCUGAAGACACAACAAGUGAGUCACCAUCUGAAGAGGCAACAAGUAAAUCAUUAUCUCAGGAGGCAACAAGUGAGUCACCAUCUGAAGAGGUCACAAGUGAGACACCAUCUGACGACACAACAAGUGAGUCACCAUCUGAAAAGGCAACAAGUGAGUCACCAUCUCAAGAGGCUACAAUUGAGUCACCAUCUGAAGAGGCAACAAGCGAGUCACCAUCUCAGGAGGCAACAACUAAAUUACCGUCUGAAGAGGCCACAAGUGAAUCACCAUCUGAUGAGGCCAGAAAUGAGACACCAUCUGAAGAGACAACAAGUGAGUCACCAUCUGAAAAGGCAACAAGCGAGUCACCAUCUGAAGAGGCAACAAGCGAGUUACCAUCUGAGGAGGCUACAAGUGAGCCACCAUCUCAGGAGGCAACAAGUGAAUCACCAUCUGAAGAGGCAACAAGUGAGUCAUCAUCUGACGAGGCAACAAGUGAGUCACCACCUGAAGAGGCAACAAGUGAAUCACUAUCUCAGGAGGCAACAAGUGAAUCAUCUUCUGAGGAGGCCACAAGUGAGUCACCAUCUGAAGAGGCCAGAAAUGAGACACCAUCUGAAGAGACAACAAGUGAGUCACCAUCUGAAAAGUCAACAAGCGAGUCACCAUCUGAAGAGGCAACAAGCGAGUUACCAUCUGAGGAGGCUACAAGUGAGCCACCAUCUCAGGAGGCAACAAGUAAAUCACCAUCUGAAGAGGCCACAAGAGAGUCAUCAUUUGAAGAGGCAACAAGUGAGUCACCAUCUGACGAGGCAACAAGUGAGUCACCACCUGAAGAGGCAACAAGUAAAUCAUUAUCUCAGGAGGCAAUAAGUGAGUCACCAUCUGAAGAGGCCACAAGUGAGUCACCAUCUGAAGAGGCAAGCACUGACUCACCAUCUGAAAAGGAACCAAGUGAGUCACCAUCUGACGAGGCAACAGGUGAGUCAUCAUCUAAGGAGGCAACAACUGAGUCACCAUCUGAAGAGGCCAGAAGUGAAUCACCAUCUGACGAGGCAACAAGUGAGUCACCAUCUGAAGAGGGCACAAGCGAAUCAUCUUCUGAGGAGGCCACAAGUGAGUCGCCAUUUGAAGAGGCAACAAAUGAAUCAGCAGCUGAGGAGGCGACAAGUGAAUCACCAUCUAAGGAGGCCACAAGUGAGUCACCAUUUGAGGAGGCAACAAGUGAGUCACCAGCUGAAGAGGCAACAAGUGAAUCACCAUCUGAGGAGGCCACAAGUGAGUCACCAUUUGAGGAGGCAACAGGUGAGCCACUAUCUAAAGAGACCGUAAGUGAAUCACCAGCUGAGGAGGCCACAAGUGAAUCACCAUAUGAGGAGGGAACAAGUGAGUCACCAUCUAAAGAGGCAACAAGUGAGUCGCCAUCUGAAGUUAACACAAGUCAAUCACCGUAUGAGGACGCAACAAGUGAGUCACCAUCUGAUGAGGCAACAACUGUGUCACCAUCUGAAGAGGCCAAAAGUGAGUCACCAUCUGAGGAGGCAACAAGUGAGUCACUAUCUGAAGAUGCCACAAGUGAAUCACCAUCUAAGGAGGCCACAAGUGAAUCACCAUCUGAAGGGACCACAAGUAAAUCACGUUCUGAGGAGGCAACAAUUGAAUCACACUCUGAAGAGGCCACAAGUGAGUCGUUAUCUGAGGAGACAACAACUUCUCCACCAUCUGAACAGGCCACAAGUGAAACAGCCUCUGAGAAGGGCACAGGCGAAUCGCCAUCUGACGAGGCGACGAGUGAAUCACCGUCUGAAGACCCGACAAGUCAAUCGCCAUCUGUAGAGACCACAAGCGAAUCAACAUCUGUAGAGGCCACAGGUGAAUCACCGUUUAAAGAGAGAACAAUUGAAUCAUCAUCUGAAGAGGUCACAAAUGAGUCACCAUCUGACGAAGUCACAAGUGAAUCAGCAUCUGAGGAGGCCACAGGUGAUUCGCCAUCUGAGGAGACAGCUAGUGAGUCACCAUCUCAGAAGGUCACAGGAAAAUUGCCGUCUGAGGAGACAACUAGUGAGUCACCAUCUGAAGAAGGAGCAAGUGAAAUGCUAUCUGAAGAGGCCACAACUGAAUCACCAUCUGUAGAGGCAAAAAGUGAAUCCCCAUCGGGAAAGCCAACAAGUGAAUCACCAUCUGAAGAGGCCACAAGUGAAUUACUAACUGAAGAGGCAACAAGUGGGUCAUCAACUCCGGCACUUGCAAACGAAUCAUCUUCGGAAGAGGUCCUCACUGAGGUCCCUCUCAAGACACCAGCAAGUGAGUCGCCUCUUAAAGUAUCUACCCAGAAAUUCCUUUCUGAAGCCGUUAGUGAAGUACCUUCUAUGGGGUUAUCGAGUGAAUCACCUUCUGAAGAAGGAAAAACGGAAUCACCAUCUUCAGCAGUCAAAAGUAAAAAUCCUUCGUCAAGGGGAACACCUGAAUUACCUGUUAGGACAUUACCAGUUCAAACUGAGAACCCUACUGAUGUAGCGGCUCAAAGGAAAUUCACUACAACAGCAUCCGCACAGGCCUCAAGUCAGUCACCAUCUGAAAAGGCUACAAGUGAAUCGCCAUCUGAAGAAGCGACAAGUGAGUCACAGUCUAAAGAAAGUACGAGUGUAUCACCAUCCAAAGAGGGCACAACUGAAUCACCAUCUCACCAGCCCUUAAGUGAAUCACCAUCUGAAGAGACAAGUGAAUUGCCAUCUGAAGACACAUCACGCGCGUCACCAUCUGAAGAGAAAAAAACUGAAUUACCAAGUGAAAAGGCCACAACUGAAUUACCAUCGGAAGAUACAUCAACGAGUGCAUUGUCAUCUGAGGAGGCCACAAGUGAGUCGCCAUCUGAAAAAGCAUCAAGUGAGUCUUCUGAAGAGACGACAACUGAAUUACCAUCUAAAAAGGCCACGAAUGUACCACCAUCUGAAAAGGCCACAACUGAUAUACCACAUGAAGAGGCCAGAACUAAAUCACCCUCUACAGAUCCUACAACUGAGUCACCACAUGAGGAGGCCACAACUGAAUCACCAUUUGAAGAGGCCACAAGCGAAUCAUUGCCUCAAGACGCCACAAGUAAAUCACCAGCUGAAGAGACAACAACUGAGUCCCCAUCUGUGGAGGCCACGAACGCAUCGACAUCUGAAGAAGCGACCAGUGAAUCACCAUCGGAGGAGAGAACAAGUGAAUUACCAUCUGAGGAGGCCACAAGUGAGUCGCCAUCUGAAGAGGUAAGAAGUGAGUCUUUUUCUGAACAGGUGACAACUAAAUUACCAUCUCAAAGGGCGACAACUGUACAACCCUCUGAAAAAGCCAAAACUGAAUUACCAUCUGAGGGGGCCAAAAGUGAAUCACCUACUGAAGAGGUCAUAACUGAGUCACCGUCUGUAAAGGCCAGAACCAAAAAACCUUCUAAAGAUCCUACAACUGAUCCACCAUAUGAAGAGGUCACAAGUGAAUCACCAUUUGAAGAGACCACAAGCGACUCAUUUUCUGAAGAGGCCACAAGUGAAUCGCCAUCUGAAGAAACCACCAGUAAGUCCCCAUUUGUGGGGGCCACGAGUGAAUCGCCAUCUGAACAGACGACUAGUGAAUCACCAUCGGACGAGGUAACUAGCGAAUCCCCAUCUGAAAAGGCCACAAGUAAGUCACCCUCUAAAGAGGUCAUAAGUGAGUCACCAUCUGAGGGGGCACCGAGUGUGUCACCAUCUGAAGAGGCCACAAGUGAGUCACCAUAUGAAGAGACCACAAGUAAAUCACCAUCUCAAGAGGCCACAAGUGAUUCACCAUCUGAAGAGGCCACAAGUGAGUCACCGUCUGAAGAGACUAUAAGUGAGUCACCAUCUGAAGAGGCCAAAAGUGAGUCACCAUCUAAAGAGACUACAGGUGAGUCACCAUCUGAAGAGGCCACAAGUGAAUCAACAUCUCAAGAGGCUACAAAUGAAUCACCAUCUCAAGAGGCUACAAGUGAUUCACCAUCGGAAGAGGCUACAAGUGAGUCCACAUCUGAAGAGACCACAAGUCAGUCACCAUCUCAAGAGACAACAAGUGAGUCACCAUCUAAAGAGGCUACAAGUAAAUCACCAUCUGAAGAGGCGACAAGUGGAUCAACAUCUGAAGAGGCUACAAGUGGGUCACCAUCUGAAGAGAACACGCGUAAGUCACCAUCUGAAGAGACCACAAGUGAGUCACCAUCUGAAAAGGCUACAAUUGAGUCAACAUCUGAAGAGGCUACAAGUGACGCAACAUCUGAAGAGGCUACAAGUGAGUCAACAUCUGAACACGCUACAAGUGAGUCACAAUCUGAAGAUGCCACAAGUGAAUCACCAUCUGAAGUGGCUACAAGUGAGUCACCAUCUGAAGAUGCUACAAGUGAGCCAUCAUCUGAGGAGGCUACAAGUGAAUUACUAUCGAAAGAGGCUACAAGUGAGUCACCAUCUGAAGAGGCCACAAGUGAAUCACCAUCGGAAGAGGCUACAAGUGAGUCACCAUCUGAAAAGGCCACAAGUGAGUCACCAUCUGAAGAGGCUACAAGUGAAUCACCAUCGGAAGAGGCUACAAGUGAGUCACCAUCUGAAGAGGCCACAAGUGAGUCAACAUCUGAGGACGCUACAAGUGAAGCACCAUCGGAAGAGGCCACAAGUGAGUCACCAUCUGAAGAGGCUACAAGUCAGUCAAUAUCUGAGGAGGCUUCAAGUGAGUCACCAUCUCAAGAGGCUACAAGUGAGUCGCCAUCCGAAGAGGCUACAAGUGAAUCGAUAUCUGAAGAGGCUACAAGUGAAUCACCAUCGGAUGAGCCUACAAGUGAGUCUCCAUCUGAAGAGGCCACAAGUGAGUCACCAUCUGAAGAGGCUACAAGGGAGUCAACAUCUGAGGAGGCUAGAAGUGAGUCACCAUCUGAAGAGGCUACAAGUGAGUCACCAUCGGAAGAGGCUACAAGUGAGUCACCCUCUGAGGAGGCUACAAAUAAGUCGCAAUCUGAAGAGGCUACAAGUGAAUCACUAUCGGAAGAGGCUACAAGUGAGUCACCAUCGGAAGAGGCUACAAGUGAGUCAGCAUCUGAAGGGGCCACAAGUGAGUCAGCAUCUGAAGAGCCCACAAGUGAAUCAACAUCGGAAGAGGCUACAAGUGAGUCACCACCGGAAGAGAGUACAAGUGAGUCACCAUCGGAAGAGGCUACAAUUGAGUCACCAUCUCAAGAGGCCACAAGUGAAUCAACAUCUGAAGAGGCUACAAGUGAGUCACCAGCUGAAGAGACCACGAGUAAAUUACCAUCAGAAGAGGCCACAAGUGAUUCACCAAAUGAAGAGACUACAAGGGAGUCACCAUCUGAAGAGGCCACAAGUGAGUCACCAUCGGAAGAGGCUACAAGUGAGUCACCAUCUGAAGAGACUACAAGUGAGCCACCAUCUGAAGAGGCCACAAGUGCGUCACCAUCUGAAGAGGCCACAAGUGAUUCACCAAAUGAAGUGACUACAAGUAAGUCACCAUCUGAAGAGGCUACAAGUGAAUCACCAUCGGAAGAGGCUACAAGUGAUUCACCAUUUGAAGAAACUACAAGUGAGUCACCAUCUGCAGAGGCCACAAGUGAUUCACCAUAUGAAGAGACUACAAGUAAGUCACCAUCUGAAGAGGCCACAAGUGAAUUACCAUCUGAAGAGACUACAAGUGAGUCACCAUCUGAAGAGGCCACAAGUGAAUUACCAUCUGAAGAGACUACAAGUGAGUCACCAUCUGAAGAGGCCACAAGUGAAUUACCGUCUGAAGAGGCCACAAGUGAUUUACCAUAUGAAGAGACUACAACUGAGUCACCAUCUGAAGAGGCUACAAGUGAGUCACCAUCGGAAGCGGCUACAAGUGAAUCAACAUCUGAAGUGACUACAAGUGAAUCAAUAUCUGAAGAGGCUACAACUGGGUCACCAUCUGAAGAGGCUACAAGUGAGUCACCAUCGGAAGAGGCUACAAGUGAGUCACCAUCUGAAGGGACUACAAGUGGGUCACCAUCGGAAGAGGCCACAAGUGAGUCAACAUCUGAAGAGGCCACAAGUGAUUCACCAUUUGAAGAGGCCACAAGUGAUUUACCAUAUGAAGAGACUACAAGUUCAUCACCAUCGGAAGAGGCUACAAGUGAGUCACCAUCUGAAGGGACUACAAGUGAGUCACCAUCUGAAGAGGUCACAAGUGAGUCACCAUCUGAAGAGGCCACAAGUGAAUUACCGUCUGAAGAGGCCACAAGUGAUUUACCAUAUGAAGAGACUACAACUGAGUCACCAUCUGAAGAGGCUACAAGGGAGUCACCAUCUGAAGAAGCUACAAGUGAGUCACCAUCGGAAGCGGCUACAAGUGAAUCAACAUCUGAAGUGACUACAAGUGAAUCAAUAUCUGAAGAGGCUACAACUGGGUCACCAUCUGAAGAGGCUACAAGUUCAUCACCACCGGAAGAGGCUACAAGUGAGUCACCAUCUGAAGAAGCUACAAGUGAAUCACCAUCUGAAGUGACUACAAGUGAAUCAACAUCUGAAGUGACUACAAGUGAAUCAAUAUCUGAAGAGGCUACAACUGGGUCACCAUCUGAAAAGGCUACAAGUUCAUCACCAUCGGAAGAGGCUACAAGUGAGUCACCAUCUGAAGAAGCUACAAGUGAAUCACCAUCUGAAGUGACUACAAGUGAAUCAACAUCUGAAGAAGCUACAAGUGGGUCACCAUCUAAAGAGGCUACAAGUGAGUCACCAUCUGAUGAAGCUACAAGUGAGUCACCAUUUGAAGAGGCCACGAGUCAAUCACCAUCUGAAGAGGCCACAAGUGAGUCACCAUCUGAAGAGACCACAAGUGAGUCAACAGCUGAAGAGGCUACAAGUGAGUCACCUCCUGAUGAUGCCACAAGUGAAUCACCAUCUGAAGUGGCUAUAAUUGAGUCACCAACUGAAGAUGCCACAACUGAGUCACCAUCGGAAAAUGCCACAAGUGAAUCGUCAUCUGAGGAGGCUACAAGUGAGUCACCAACUGAAGAUACUACAAGUGAGUCACCAUCUGAAGAUGGCACAAGUGAGUCACCUUCUGAAGAGGCCAUAAGUGAAUCGCCAUCUGAAGAGGCUACAAGUGAGUCACCAUCUGAAGAUGCCACAAGUGAGUCACCAUCUGAAGAGGCUACAAGUGAGUCUCCAUCUGAGGAGGCGUCAAUUGAGUCACCAAGUGAAGAUGCCACAAGUGAGUCACCAUUUGAAGAUGCCACAAGUGAAUCAGCAACUGAAGAGGCUACAAGUGAGUCACCAUUUGAAGAUGCCACAAGUGAGUCACCAUCUGAAGAUGCCACAAGUGAGUCAGCAUCGGAAGAGGCUACUAGUGAGUUACCAUCGGAAGAUGCCACAAGUGAGUCACCAUCUGAAGAUGCGACAAGUGAUUCACCAUCGGAAGAUGCCACAAGUAAAUCACCAUCUGAGGAGGCUAGAAGUGAGUCACCAUCCGAAGAGGCCACAAGUGAAUCAACAUCUGAAGAGGCUACAAGUGAAGCACCAUCUGAAGAGGCCACAAGUGAAUUACCAUCGGAAGAGGUAACAGGUGAAGCACCCUCUGAAGAGGCCACAAGCGAGUCACCAGUUGAAGAGGCUACAAGUGAGUUACCAUUUGAAGAGGUGAUAAGUGAGUCACCAUCUGAAGAGCCCUCAAGCUUAUCAUCUGAGGAGGUACCAAGCGAGUCAUCAUCUGAAGAGGGCAAUAGUGAGUCACCACCUGAAGAUGCCACAAGUGAGUCGCCCUCUGAAGACAGUACGAAGGGAGGAACAUUAGCAGUAGGGGUCACAACUGAGACACGAUCUACGGAUCUCACAACGGAGUCUCCUUCUAGUUCUAUUACUACAAAAAUACCUGUGAGAACCUUAGCACCUGUAACAGAAUCUACCCCUAACGGUGUUGCUCAGGUUAAAGUCUCAACUGGAUCAACAUCGGAGGAGGUCCCUACUGAAAGACCCUCUACAGCGUCAACUGAAAUACACCCAGCGCACACAACAGCUGUGGCUGAAAAUGAGGUGACGGAGACGACGACAUCGCUUGAUUUGGAGUCUAGCACACAAUCGGUUACUUUGACAACCGCUGAAUUCACUGAAGUUUAUACAGUUCCUACACCGACAAAAAUGACACCAACGCCGACUUCAGUGGAUGGGCAUUGUAGCGACAAUGGUAACGGUAUCGAAAGUUGCAAAGACACUGCCGUCAUUGGCAGAACUAAGGAUAAUAACGGUAAGGCAUAGUCAUGACCGUGCUAAACUUCCUCUCAGAAUAAGCUUGAUAGGCACCUGUUUUAUCGGGAAAACAAAAAAUGAAGUCUUUUUAACUGAUGUCCGUAUUAAGCGGGCUAGUUUUAUAGAAAAUAUACACGCGUUUCGUCGAGACAAUAGAAACCGUCUGUUAUAGGCGGGUCUCCGUAAGGAGCGUACAACUGUACAAGUAAAACCCUCGCCAAGCUAAAAUGUUUCGAUGCCUUGUUUCUCGUAUACACUCACGAACAAUUGUCCCGGUGAAACAUAACACGGUUGAAAACUGCGGAGACCUGGGACUACCGAUUGGACUAGUAGAAGGAGCCGUCAGCUUCAGCCGUCGGCUUCUCUCAAAACUCUUCUUGUCCAAACACUUUGAUGAUUUCUGGUGGCAUACCGCCAUAGAAUGAGCACCAUAUUUGAGGGCAAAAAUAUCAGUAACCGGCUUACCUGAAUAAGGGCCAAACUCUCCGUGCCUAUUGUCUGCUAUAUUGUUUUUACUUUUUCAAUGCUGAUUAUUAUGGCAAUAGAUGUUAUUUACUUGCAUCUGGUGGAUGACAUAGACCUCCUUCAUACGCUAUGAAGAAGGAAAGAUUAUGUGGGACUGCUAUUUGCGAGUAGGAAGUUUUAAAUAGCACCGCAAUGACAAGUCGGGUAACUUGACAAGCGCUGUGGCGCUCCUGGUUCGAGUAUAUAUGGUAAAUAGUAAAGAGUGGUUAGACAGAGUUACAUUAGGCACCAUUCCUUCGAGGGGGGAAACAGGAGUGACAUUUUUAACAGUUGCUGAAUAAAUGUAAUACCCUUUGUUUGCCAGAAACAUGCGAUCCCAGUUGCAAGCAAGGUAAAAUGUGCAUCAAAGUGGACAAUGACUACAUCUGUGACUGCCCCACUGAGUGCGACGAAGAGGAAGAGCCCCACUGCUCUGUGUUCCUGAAGGACUAUCAAAACCUCUGCGAAGUACAUCGCCACGCCUGCAGAAUGCAAAUUAACGUUGCUGUCAAGCAUAAAGGGAAAUGCGGUACUGAUGGUUUCUACACUCUAACCCUUUCUAGUACUGAUGAAUUCCCUUAUAUAUUGUGAUCUAGCCACUUAAGUUAGCAGAUUGUUCUGACAGUUGACCACAUCAAUAUAAAAAGAGCAGCAAAUUCAUACUGUUUUGUCGACGAAACACAUCAGGCUUGGUAAGGGAGAAUUAUCUUCCUGUUUUGCAUAUCUUUUUGAACAUCAUUUACAUUUUCCUAUAAGAAACCAGCAGCACGUCUCCUGUGAACCAAAUAGUUAAGUAGCAAUGUUUAGCUGGUCCUUCAGAGAAGAGAUUCUUCGGUCUUCCUCUGUCAACAAAUUUAACAUGUUUGCGACGUCAUUUUGCGAAGGAAAAAAAUCAAGCUACAGCAUAUCAAAGACAGUACCAUUAGCUCUAUCGAACUGAAUCUGGUAGUUUUCCUUCUGGGCACUUUCUCAAAGCAAUUUCAUCCAAAUCCCAUGAAAGCUCGGUCCUUUUCUGGCCUCUGUGUCUCAUCAAUGGGGGAAAGUGUAAUAUACCUCUUGGUGCUUCUAAAUACGGAACAUAAGUAACGCUAAAGUCCUUUGGGUUUUCCGGGUCCUAAUUUUUGUAGUCCAGUCGAAUUACAUUUAAAGGGUCCGUCACGCUAUUUGCCAUCUUUUUGAAAAGCUAGUACUUUUUUGGCAGUUUAUGAAUUCCAAAAAUAAUGGUCCAGUUUUGUUAUUCAAGACUUUAUUUAGGUAUUGAAACUUUUUUCUAUUGUCUGUUGCAAAGAAUGGCAAGAAUGGACAUGGAUUGAAACAUGAAAAAGUUGGGCAAACCUUUUCAAGUUUUCAUGCUAUGCCUACAAAAAUCACCUAAAAAAUUAUCAUGGUUAGUGCUCCCUGAUGAAAUUUGUGUGAUAUCCACUUUAUAACUCUACAGGCUCAUUUUGUGGAUGGGUAAAGGCACUGUAAGUAAUGAAUUCAGCACAUAAUUGACAUAAAACAGCCACUUUAACCGUGUUCGCAGUAGAGGGAGUCCGCUAUAUUAUGCAAGGAUUACUUGGACAGCAUGAGUAACUGGAAUAUUUUGUUAAAAUCGCUUCUUUUUGUAGACGAUGCAAGUGGCGAGCAGAUUUCAAAACUGGCCGAUGAAUCCUUGGUUCCAACGGACCAGUGUCUGGAAGAUGAAGUGUUACAGUUCGCAGAGCGCUUUCUGGAAUGGGCUCUAAUCAACAAAGCACUUUAUGACAGCGAUGAUCCAGAUUCAGUUGACCUGAAUGCUGUAGUACUUCAAGCACGCGAAUUUGGAAUCUCUGAAGUGGAGAAGAAAACUAUUUUGGAGGUAAAAAUUCUACUUUUAAUUUAAUGCCUAACACUGUACAAAUGUUGGUCUCCGUCAUGAAUGCCAGCAGGCCGUUCUUCUGCGCUUUCGGCGGCUACAUAUGUUGCGCAGUAGGAAGGGCACUCGUGUCCCACCGAUGUGGUCCAGGCUCGAAGUUCCGUAGUCGUAGGUUGAGUUUGUGUUGAGUUCUCUUUUUUUCUCCGAAAGGCGCUUCUCCGGGUACCUCGGUUUCCCGCCUUUCAAAGUACGAAACGUACGUUACCCUUCACAUCGUUUUAAAUACUGUAACAUUUUGUACAACUUAUAUAAAUGAUAUAUUGAUUUUACUACCCGUUUUAAGCAUUAUAGCCUGCGUAGCAGGCGCUUGGAAGUAGUGGGCACAAGAAAAAACGGGUGCGCGAGAAGGAGACACGCGAGGGGAGAGGAAGCGCCUGCACGGAAGGCCCCCGAAAAUCGUUUCCCGCCUCCUCUCUAAUUACUUGGCAGCCGUUGCGUGAUCUGUCAAAAGUUUUGACAGAAAACGACUGACCUCGCACAAACAAAGCAAGCCGCCAAAAAGCGUUGUACAUUUUAUCUUCGGUCUAAAUAUAUCUGUUAUAAAGAUCAGCUGGGUUAUCUGAUUAUAGAGCGAUGGGGCAAUAAACUGAUGGUUAACACACAGCUUUAAAUCGUUUUUUAACAUGGGCACAAUAAAUACGAAAUAACAAAGUCAAAACUGGGUAUCUUUUAAAGAAUGCAUGCUGUGUAUUAUAAAAACUAAAAAUAUUGUUCUGGUCAGACACCAACGAUCACAGCGUAUGUGGAAAAUGACCAUAUUGCUUUUACUGCGCUAACUGGCAGCCGUUUUUGGAGCAGACAUGUCUUACUAAGCGGACCUAAACCUCAGAACACAAACUGUACCGACAUGUUUUCUACUGCAGUAAUGAGACAUAAACAACAGACCUCAGGUCGCCUCCGAACGGCGAAUAAUACUAUAGUGAAAUGUUUUUUUCAAAUUCAUGCCCCUGGUAAGUGUUUCAUUUCAUCAAUCAUGUCCAAGUUUUGAUGGUAUACGUUCCAUCGACAGCACCAGCCGCCAAGUUCUCCUGAGCAAAGAAUAUUUCCUCUGAUCUUCAUUGCAACAAUUCGACAAAUCUUUUGUCUCUCGCCACUUCUGUUGAUGCGUAUCCGAUGUCAAUUCUUUCCAUCGUGAACACCGUUUGAACACUCCAACUUUUCUUUGAGAUUACAGCCACAUAGUCCCAUUAAACCAGACUGAGGUGACCUCCGAGACCUGAACUUACCCAGUGGUGUAAUGCAAGAUCUUCACUACGUUGUCCAUGUACUAUUGAUUGACAGUUUUCUCGCCCCUCGCGGUUAAUUUUUCCCUCGGGAGCCUCUCGACCAAUUGGAAAUAUCCGCACUCACAGAGUGCGAGUUGAAACGAUUUUCGGGGGCCUUCCGUGCAGGCGCUCCCUCACCCCUUGCCUGUCUCCCUCGCGCGCGCCCGUUCUCUCUUUCGCCCGCUACUUCCAAGCGCCUGCUACGCAGGCUAUAAGCAUUAAGAAGCUGAAAUGCCCCUUGAAGUGGUAAAAAGACAUAUGAAGCGAAAUCUUGCACAAUUUACAUCAUUAAAAACUGAAUCAUUGGAUAAUGCAAUUCUAGAGCUUAGCCAUCACGGUAUCUGAGCCAUUAUACUAUGCUCUCCAAAUAUGGUAACUGUACGCGUGUGCUCAAAAUUAAAAGCAAGCUGUAAAUCGGUUGUCUUUACAAAUAAAGUCGGGAUGAAUCCUCGAUAUUUUGUGGACGUUUUUAAUAAAGCAAUUAUUCCACUCAAGCUUGUUGGAUAUGAGAUGAUUAUAGCCAACUCAUAUCCAACGCGCGCUCGUGGAGUAAUUGUUAAAUAUACCAGUCUUUGAAAGUCUUUAAAAACGCUUUUAACUACACGGUUUGACACACACAGAUUCAAAUUCUAAAAACCAUGUACCCAAGGCGUCUGCUUGGCUUCAUAUUCAUUCCACUCUCUUAACUAUGUUUUGAUUUUCUUUUUAAUAGCAGCCCUUUUGAUAGCAUUUAUUACACAGGAUUCAACACGCGCGCUGCUUUGAGACAGUUCCACUUAAAUGGGAUCGUUCAUUUAAGCCUCUCACAUCGGGGGUUUGGGUCUGUUGGCCUUUUCACUUGCAGAAUUGGCUAGAUUCAAAAUUCGACAAAAAUUCCAAAUUGCAAUAAAAUACUGAAAAUACUGCUGAAGAAGUUUCAUUUCAUUUUGGAUGGUCACACCAUAAGAUUUUAUCCACAGACUCUAAAGCUAGAAUUACAAACUGAAUAAAUAGUACCAUGUUAAAGUACUGAUGAGAAGGUUUCAUUUGAAUGAUCACACCACAGAUUUGGUCCACAGACACAAAAGUUAGACCCAGAUUACACGAAUCCAUCAUUCACUAUGGGAGCGGAAUGUCGUGUCGUUCAAUUGGUAUAGGUAAUAGCACUCGUGAUAUUUCAAAAUUGUUAUAAUACGUAAUUUCAUGAGCCGUUAGGCGAGUGAGAUUUGAGACAAUUUUGAAAUAUCACGAGUGGUAUUUAUGCGAAAUAUCACGUACAAAUCAUGCUAUUAUUUGUUUAUACUACAACCCGCAAAAGGUUUGUAAUAUUCAAAUGUAGAUAUUUCAAAUUAAGCUGAAAUACCACUGCUCUGAGCCAAUCAAACUGCAGAAAUUUCUCAGUUAGUAGUAUAAAGUCUGUAAUCGUACAGCGUUAUCACUCGUAUGAUUGCAAUCUUAAGUGGUCCUAACUUUGGGCUGCUACCAACUGUUUCAACUUUGAUCUCUAGUUUCAUGUCCUAGUUAGAACAUGCGGUCACAUAGUAAGUAGCUCACAGUAUUUUCAUUUUUAUUUCGUUUUCUUAGUUCCAGUUUGACCAAAUGGAUCACAACAAGGAUGAUCUUCUUCAAAAAUCUGAGGUAGACGGAAUCUUGACGCAUGUCCCUCAUGAGGAAUGCUUGUUUGGUUUUAUAAUUUCAAGUGACACGAACAAAGAUCACGUCUUAGACAGAACUGAGUGGGAAGAAGGCUUUGCGCAUGUCGGUGAGUAUAAUCAACUUGAGUGGAAGCAGCGUGGCCGAGCGGUUAGAGCCCUGGCCGCUAGCUGGACUUUUUGCCCCUGGUCCCGAGAUCAAAUCCUCAGCCACACUUGUAAAAUAGCCAGCCGGUCUGCGUCCUACCAGAUGGGAUACCUCACUUUGUUACGUUCCAUUUUAAUUAUUGGUUUCAUUAUCCCUGAAAAGCCCCAUAAGAGGAGAGGAUAAUCCAAUAUUUAUUUAUUUAAUUAUUUAUUUAGUUAGUUAUUUUAACUUCCUUUGAUCUUUUAAUGCGAUUUUCCUAAAGCCGUGAAAGAGGUAGUAGACUAAUACAAGCCAUCACUCUCUAAUUCCUUGUUUUCUUUUCUUUACUUGAAACUAUUUGGCACUGUUAUAUACUGUUUCUCGGGUUUGUUAACACUCUAAAAUACAUACCUAUUUCUUGGUUAUCCGGCGGUCACGUCAGCCUUUCUCUCUGUAACUCUACGAUGUAUGUCCCCUCUCCUCUCAAAAAGAAAAAAAGGAUCUCAGGUCCUAUCGAGGCGUGAUAUAACAGAACAUGGCUUCCCCUAAGAAGUAACAAAAGUAAACACCUCGUUAAAAUAAACAUCUACUAUCUAAUGCGCACUUCAAUAGAUUUUGCGGUUUAAUUUUGGAAAGUUCUACAGGGACCAUGUUUGACGAGAAGGAAAAUAUCCAGACUUUUCAGUUUUUUACAUCUCGAAAUAUGAACAGCACCCGGUUUGAAAAGUUGCUUAAAACUGGACAUGAUUCAUUAUGGUAGUGCCAUGCUAACUUCACCUUAACUCGGGGCACGCUAGCUUAGUCCAGGUCAGCCGAGUUCGCUGAACAGCUUUACAUGUGACGAACUUAAUGCUAUGGGUAUAGUCCCUUGCUUUCGCUCAUUAGCUUUAGGUUCGUCACAUUUGGUUCGGACCUUACACAUGAAAUAGCCUGAGAAAAUGGCCGACAUCUUGCGACGCCACCUCUGGCUUUCCCGCCAAAUGACGUCUGAGGAACGAGCGUUGAAAUUCCAUACUGAUGACGUGUCACUACCCAGGUCUGGGUAGUGCUUCUGAUUGGUCAUGCCGCGAGGGAACUUUGAUUCAACCAAUUAGAAGCAGACUCAGAUCUGGGUAGACAAACGUCAUCAGUAUGGAAUUUCUGCGCUCGUUUCUCAGACGUCAUUUCGCGCGGAAACCAGUGGUGGCGUCGCGAAAUGUCGGCUCUUUUCUACUCAGGACACACUAAUAUAAUCGGAACGGGAUGACAGACUCGACCUGCCCACGGUGUACUACUUCCUAUUGAAAUCAUGUGAUCAUAGGGGGUCACACAAUUUCUACUACCUUCCCAAAAAGCGACGAGUUGGCUGAAGGGACUCAGUCCGGUUUACGGUCAAUUUGCCCGAAAUCAGAGUUAUGUCGCCCGAAAUGCUGAGUUAUGUGGCUCAGCAUACUCUUGUUUCGGGCGACAUAACUUCGGGCGAGAUGACUUUCGUGCGACUUGACCGGUUACCCUCAGUCCAAAUAUAUUAAGUGUGUUCAGUGCCUCAAGACGCUCUGAGUUAGGAAAUAUGGCAAACAAUGCAUGCACGAUUCCAAAUUCCGCUUCAUCUAACACUAAUUUAUAUUCCUUCCAGAAAGCGUAGCCGAGGAUGUGCUUAUUCCCUAAACACUUAUCGCCUUCCAUUAUCACCGUCAUCUUCCUCAGGAAUUUGUCCAAACACACGGGUUACGUUGGUGAAAAAGAACAGAAGGACUGUACAUUUAAUUAAACUGUAGUAAAUAAGACUUUUGCAAAUAGUUAUUAAAGAAUGGCUUACGUGUUUUGAAAGCUUUUCACCAGCAUAUAAUAUAUGUAAAUUUCAUGCCUACAAAGUUGGCGCGAUUUAGAUAAGAAAAAGAAAAGAAUCGCGCCGAUAAGGUUUAAACGAUGGCUUUGCAAUAUCUGUAAAAAUUUAGAAAUCUGAAUUAGAUAACUAAAACAACUACAGAAUUAUGUUGGCUCAUUUUUGGCUUUAGAAGACGUACUAGAUUAGUAGUGUGUUCCGUGUUCACCGGUGUGACAAGCUACAAUAUUGCUGUUGAUGAAUUCUAGGAGAAGUCGCUUUUACUCCGAUGAGAGUCAAACAGAACUGUAUAAAGGUGAAGCACAGGCUCAGAAAACUUGAUACAUUGAUCAUUAUUCAUCUGAGAAAAAGCUAGACAGGCAAUUCACCUUCGCUAUAAAUUCUGUACUUUCGCUUCAAAUUGAGGCGGAUUUCCACUGUCUUGUAAUAUUACGUGCGUACGCGCGCAAAUAACAUCGAGGCAAUUAAUGUAUGAAAGGCCGUCGAAAACGUAAAAUUUGAGCGAGGUUCAACUUUUACGCGCGAAGUUCUUACAUAUUUGCCUCCAUUUUUUUCACGCGCGUACGCACGUAAAAAUUAAUUGACAGUGGCAAUCCACUUAAAGACGGAUAGUGUCUAUCUGUAGUACUAGAUUUAGAAUUAUGAGGCAAAAUUCGUCUUCUACUUCUUAAACUUUAGGACUGUUGACAAAAAGAUCAGCUGAGGGUGGAUAAUAUAUCUAUGGUAUUCUGUUCGUAAAUGAAUCCUAUAUUUAAUAACCGAACCGAACAAAUAAUUAGCCAAUGAAACCUUAAUCCGGCUGAUUUGUCCUAACGGCAUAUUAGCUGCAUCCAGUUUGCUUUGGAAAUCGUUGUUGCCACUAAAGGUGGAGUUUAUAGAGAGAACGUCCUUUGCAUUAGAAGUAAUGUCCCUUGUAAUAGCUUUUGGAAGCCAUUAAUUGCAGUUGUGUGCAAUGAACAUGUCCUGCAAAUUCUGAUGAUAGUUGCAUGGUCGCUUCUGUUCAUUUUCCACACAAACUUAAUUAUUGCUUCAGAAUGUGAGCAUGUUUCCUGAAAAAAGAGUAGUUCACACCAACUUGUUUAUCAAUUUUCUGUAUUUUAAAACUCUACACUUAGAAUUGGCAACACAAUAGUCCUCUAUUAAUUAAAUAUCAGCCAAAUAACUAACAAAUAUAAUUCUGAUUCGCAAUAGAAUUAAUAAAACUUUCAUAACAAUCUGAGAUAAACUUUUAAAAAUGGGAGGAACGUUUUUUAUGUCACUCCACUGAGUUUUGUCUGGUUAAAUAUUGAUAUUGUAAAACCGGCCAGCGCUAUGAUCAGAUAGUGCCAAAAUCGCCUCAGUAAAAUUGUGUGUAACCACAACAUUUAAGAGACUACUAGAUAAAAAAAAUUAAACAAAGCAUGCAUGUGUGAUAUAAUAUUUAUGUCAAAGGCGUGCAUGAGAAUAUGCUCUCUUUUUAUUUAAGAGUUAUCUGUAGCAUUUUUUUACUGCUUGCCUGCAAUCUGCACAACUGAAAGCUUUAAGAUUUAGAAGGUCAUCACCAUAAGUUUCCUCUUGAUUAAAUUUCAUGUCUAGUCUAAAACAUUACUGAUGCCUUUUUCUUCUUUUCAUCUCCCCACUUAGGAUUAUGCUCUAAAUACAAAUUAAAUAAGAUGGCUUGGCAGAUUUGAUCUAGGGAAAAAUAAAAAUUAUUCUGUAAUCUUUAAGUGUUUUCAAAUUAAACUGUUGUUUUUGUUUAUAUUACUGCGGCAGUCACAGCGGCAAUGUUAAAGUAGCUGCCAUAGUUUCGUUACUGAAGAAAAUUGUAGCAUAACAGCAUAACAGCUGCAAAGACAUUGAUAGGGUAUUGAGGACAGCAGGGGUCAAGUUUAAGGUGCAACCUCAUUAGAUUUCUAAUAUAUUAAUAUAGUAUAAAAUAAAAUAGAGGAUAUUAGAUGGCUGAGCGGAGAUAUGAAAUUUCUCUUCGAGUGUUGACAAAUAUUUCAUGAGUGAGCGCAGCGAACGAGUGAAAUAUUUUUUUAACACAAGAAGGGUAAUUUCGUAUCUCCAAGCAGCCAUGUAAUGUUCUAUUUAUUAUAUAAACACCACUGAAAUACCAAACCAUUUCAGUUUAAUAGUUUUUUGGUGUGAAAGGCGCAAUUUAUUAUGUAGCCAUAGCAAUGGUGAUAUUUUCACAUGUGAAGAUAACAUGUUAUUUUCACUUGUGAAGAUAUCAAGUUUUCAUGCGAAAGCUCACCUGGUAUUUUAUUGGUGUUUAUAUAAGAAAGUAAAGUAAACUUUUGCAAAAACAUUAGUCUUCUCAUAAGUGUAUACACAUGCCAAACCAUUUGAUACUGGAUUUUUGCCUAAUUUUGAAUGAUUUCAUUGGCUAGGAAGGGGGAGAGUUCCAGUUGCUUUUAAGCUUACAAUAUUAUUUUGGAUUUUUAGCAUAAUUAAAUUAAUGUGACACUUGUAGUGUCUUUAAGUCUGCAAACUGUCUGAGCACCUGUGUCCAGGUGCUAAGUUAGGCUAGAUGUCAAAAUGCUAAAGUACACAGGUGUGUACCCAGUUGUGUUGAACUAGCUAGUGUGAACAGAAUUUAAUAAAGCUGCUAUUUAUCUCUAAUGUGACAAUUUUUUGUUUUAAUAAAACUGAAAUUAAUGUUCGCCAUUGUAAUAUAAUAAUCUGAUUGGUUUUCAUGCACUUUGUGUCAUCGCCAAUUCAUCAUGAUCGGAGUCAUAUAGGGGAGUAUUUUUUGCACAAAUGAUGUCAUGUGCCAUGCGUCACGAGGUCAUUAUCAUCCUGUCCCUAUCAAUUCUCAAUAUUUAAAGACGUGGGGGGUUGACAGCCCUGGUUAAGCACUUGUCUAGUAUGUACAACAAGAGUGAGAUCAGCCAAGUGCUUUGAGAUGGAGCCUUCAAUUUUAUGUUCCUUUUCUGGGAAGAACAUCAUUGGAGACCCAGGGGCUGUCAGUAGAUUAAUUUGGAAGAAAUGCUGCAACAAAGUUUUUUAAGGAUAGGGAAGAACCAGUCUCCCUGUUCUUAAACACUUUAAUCGUGCUGUUUCUCUCACUGAGUUGACUGAGUCUGCCCCCGAGUCUCCAAUGAUGGAGAAGUCUGGAAUGUCUAACCAUUAUCUCAAAACCCUGAGUGCCUGGCUGGGAAACCAAUCCUAGUUCUAUGGAUACAAAGCCUGGAACUCAACCAACUGUUUCUGAGCAGUCCUAAUUUGCAUGUGCAGGUGUUCUUCACUUUGAUGAAUAUAAAAUCAGUUCAAAAAGUAUUUUUCAGAUUUGCUAGCAAAUUAAAAAGACACCAAAGACCCUCACUCUUUUAGAACCAUUUCUACAGAUUUGACAUUAUCAUGCACUCCUAGGGCAGAUUCCAGUCAUGUGACUCAGCCCAGGGGGGUGGAGAGCAUGAGACCUUGAUUGCAAUGAUUGUAAUACUGGGGUGGGGUCAAUAUAUGGGAGGGGUGGAGGUUUCAAAUACUUUGAUGAUCUCGGAUGGAGAUCUUAAAGAUGAAGUUUAUACGUUAAGAGGAAUCAACUAGGAAACCAUGUUCCUUCCCCACAUAAUCGAAGGGGCCUGCAAAAGGAUUAAGUGCAAGUUUUGAAAGCGAGUAAACCAGGUUGCUCAUGAAUAUCUAUUAAAUUUCCCACUGAUCACUGGGCCGGGGGCAUUGGAAUGUCAUUUGUACAAAUUUUCUUGCUCUUUUUUGCCAGGUAAGAAGCAUAGAUUAUAAUAAUAAUUAUAUAUAAUCAUUAUUGUUAUAUUAUGGGCGUUAAAAUAUCAUUUUAAUUGGAAGAAUGGAAGAUGAAAAAAACUCAAAUUCCAACACUGUGGAUUGAAACUAGCAGGGUUUCCAAAGCCUGUUUUCCUCACCUUUUCUCCAUGUCUGUUUCAUUAAUAUCCUUCUCUUCUCAAACAACAGGUCGAAGAAGUAACUGAAGUAUAGCUACUCUUGUUUUCUACCUUUUUGAAGCCGGUUUUGCCUUUUUGAGCCAUUACUAUUCACCUGGGAACCGCUGGUUUAAUGAACUAAGGUCCCUCACGCGGCGGUCACGCCACAGCCUUCCGCGUGCGAAUAUCGUUCACGGCUUUAACCCAUUCGCCCCUGAACCGCCCGUAACCGCCCGUGCGGAUCCAGGUCCUUUCUACCCUUUGUGACGUCAUCAGUUUUAACGGUCAAGGACAACUUUCUUUGCUAACUUGUGUAGAGUGAAGAGGUCUUUCAAACAAUACCAGAAUGAGCACAAUUCAGUCAAGGACACCGGAGAAAGAAGCAAAAAACCACGUGACAAGAACCUGAAAAUCUCCAUGAAAAUCUUGUUCCAUUACCCACCUACCUUUCCUUUCACCUAAUCCUAAGAUCCUAAAAGCUUUCCUAAAAACUCUUCCCACCAAAAUGAAGCCUACUAAAUGCCCAGCAAGAGAAAAAAAAAAUGAGGCAAGAAAAGCGAAAAAAGAAGGGAGGAGAGAAAGCGAAAAGUAAAAGUCAAGACUGCUGUGUCACUUUUAAACCCGCAUGCCCGAACUUCGCAAGCUGAUAUUUUGCAUCUGGAUCGGAAGGCCGCCAAGUGUACAACCUGUAAACCGGUUUGUGGUAAGUUUUAGCUCUUUAUAGCACGACAGUGACCAGAAAACCACUCGACUAGCUUCAAAACGCGUUUUUGGGCAAAAUCUCCUGGAGCGAAUGGGUUAAGAGACGAACCUUGGACCAUCUUUUGAUUUUACUGUGGAGGAAAAACAAAUUUAACUUCGUUCCUGAAGUUGACAACGAAACGUAUGAACAGUGUAUCAGCUAGCCUCCCCGCAGACGUUAUUAGGGAUUCGUCACGCAUGUAUCAGCAUGUUUUUUUUAAUAUUUAUAUAUACUGUUUUAUAAAUUUGUAAGAAAGAUGGGGAUAUACGCCGAAAAAUAGGUGAAUAUCUCUGCCCAAUUCUGAAUCAAUAAAAAGAAUGCGAUGGUGAAAAAAAGAAGGAAAAGAAAAGUUUAUGUGACCCCGACGUGACUCGAACACGCAGCCUUCUGAUCUGGAGUCAGACGCGCUACCAUUGCGCCACGGAGUCCCGGACAAAAACCUGCACACUAUUUUAGGUCUUUCAAUCAUUUUUUUUUUUUUCUUUCAUGGCCUUUCCUUUCCAAAGGCCAAAGUCAGUAAAAAGAAAUUAGAGAAGGAAAUGAUUCUCAUAUGUUUAUCUGACUAACUGUCUGCAAAGGCUCAGAUAAAAUCUGAACUCAUUUAAAAAUCAGAUAUAAAACAAAACACAUAAGAAGUUGUCACGGUAAAUUUCACUUCCGGUUGUCGCCGUCGAUUGCACAACAAGGCUGGAAAUAUCGACAUUUUCUCUAGAUUUUCGACAGCUAUCUCUAUCAGCCCGUCUUGUCCAAAAGGCCAAGCUGAUCUCGUGAACGCGGCAGUUAGCUGUCGAAAAUUUGGUGAAAACUUUUUUCGAUUUUGUUCCUCGCUGCUGAUAAAAAGUCAGCUGAAAAAGAAUUCUUAACAUUUCCGGGACAUUUGUAUUGCCUUAUAGUCACCGACGUGCCCGUUUCUGGGUUCUUUGUAAAGCUAAAUAAUUUUGAACAUCAUAUGGUUGCUCUAGUUUUUUCUGUCCUUUGGCUUAGGGUUUGAAUUUGGAAACUGAAGACAGAUGUUCUCAGGCUUUUCUCAACGUUUACUGUAGGGUUUACUCGUGGAUAAUUCCUCUACAUUUUAAAAAUGGAAGAAACAACCAAUAGACACAACAAUAGCUACAAGAAACGUAUUUUAGUAUUACAAUUAUAUAUUUAUUAGAACCUUUUUGAAAUACGUACAUUAUUUUAGGCUGUAUCUUAAUGUAACGUUUUCAAAAAUUUCAAGAUUUCACUAAAUCCUCAGCUUGCAGCUGUCUAUGGCCACCGCCUGUUACUCGUUCCCGUUGUUACCUCAGCGAGAAGGAUCGAUGUUCGUAGGCCUACAAAAUCCUUCGUUUCCUGGGUGACUGCAGAAAGUCUACUUUUUCCCCAGCCCCACUAUCUCUGAGUCCUUAGGUUCGACCGUGGACAAAUACCCGCAGUUCUCGCAGGUGACCGAAAUUAUGUCAAAUAACGAAGGAGCAAAAGGGAAGAUAUUCAGUUUAAUAAUACUGAAAUGAACUGAGGAAUUUGGUAACCGUGGAUUCGUGUGAGAAUUAGACGCGAUUUAUCACUGUAAACACACGAGAGCCUAGUGAGGUUUUGGAAAAUCACCAGUAAAACAACUUAGAUGCAAUUUCAGUAUUAAGCCUUAAAUUUGUUUAUUCAAACAGUCUGUUUAGUUUUCUUGUAGUAUAGCCAGUUUCAGACGGUGUUUCCCUGGGGGAAAUUUCUUCAUUUAAUUUGGAAAAUCGUUAGAAAUGCUUGAUGUCAACAGAUAAAUUUUAUUCUACCUGUCAAAAAAACUUCAGCUGUAAUGACAAAAAUAGCAAGUGAGCUAAUCAAUAUGCUACUAAGCCAGCUUCGAUAGGCGCUCAUUAAUAUGAAACUGCGUUCAAAAACUACACAUUCAAGUUCUAACCUGCUUUGCGGCGUCCUUAGCGCUGUCUAUUGAUUCACAAACACUAUAUAAGUAUUUGCGAGAAAACAAAGAACACUACAUGAGGUAAGGUAUACACCUUUGCGUGUGCAACGAUAACUAAAGAGUCUAAACAAUCUAAAACGCCGCUGUAUAUGUCAACUUUUCCUUCAAGGUAGGAGACCACACAACCAAUAGGGGAGAAAUUUUUACAUCUUAGUGUCGUUACCUAGAAGCCGGAGGCAAAUUUACAUGUCGAUUUUAGCGGUGUGGCAAGCAAACAAAAUUGUAUUGUCUACCAUAUUUAAUAGCGUCCUCGCAGGUACUUAAUCGCUUUGGUAAUACGGUGCAGCAUUCAGCUUAAGAUUUUUCAAGCAUCUGAGCAACUGAACUCUACUCAAGAGCUUUCUCCAUCGCAAAUGUAGCUUGACGCAGUCCAGGGAGCACUUGGACAGAUGAAAUCUCAUUCGACUUGUCCUGUUAACCAUUUCGUCCAAAUUUCCGUGAAUUCAGAGACACUGAGCUUCUGCUAAACUCAAUAUCUCUAAACUGUACUGUAUAGCGGAGUUGAUUCUGCAUUACCCAACAGUUCGUAGAGGAAAAUUUUACUAUGAGUUAUUACCAACAAACGUCUUUUCAACCAGCGCAUUACUAUCCAUCAAACGAUCCUGUAGCUGGUGGAACUUUUCAAAGGGAAUUCCCUCCGCCAAAUUCAAGGGUGUACCUGGAACAGCCAUACCACCCAUAUCCCAUGGUAGCCCCGCAAACUACAGUGUUCGUUUACGACGAUCAUCCCGAUUUUCGUCAAAGGGACCAAGGCUUGUUAGCUGCAUUAUGUGCCGCAUGCUUGUGCUGUUGGCUGCUUCCACCUUUUCCUACAUGGCAUUGUUAA